AUGGCUGAUAAGUUUGUAACGGCCCAUGCCGGAGCUAAAAAGGCGGAGGCAGAAGUAAACGACAUAUUUUCUAUCAAACAAUCACCUGGAGAGGGACUGAGGGACUUUCUCGCUCGAUUCAACCGUGUGAGGAUGACCUUACCAAAUGUAUUAGAAGGCAUGGUUGUAGCAGCUUUCCAAAACGGCCUGAUCAGAAACGGGUCGAGGGCGACCAGAAAGUUGCUGAGUCGGCUUAUGAAAUAUCCCCCAACCACUUGGGAUGAAAUACACAUUGCCUAUUGUGCGAAAGUCCGUGCCGACGAAGACGACCUAAAUGGACCAACCCAAUGGUUAACCUCGGUACAAGCCGAGUCCAAGAAAGACCGAAGAAACGACGCCAGAAGAGAUCUAGCAGCUCCACGACCUAACCGAGAAAGGCAUCAACCAUAUAUUAGGGGUGCCAUCAUGCUCCCCUCCCGUCACGAAGAAAGUCCACCUAGGCAAAGGACAGGGGCUCACCGGAGCGAGAGAGAAAUAGUCUACGCGUUGGAGAAGCUCGGUCCAAAAGUGAAGUGGCCACAAAAGAUGAGGUCCGACCUAAGCACGAGGAAGUCAAAUGCGUUCUGCGAAUUCCACCAGGAGCGAGGUCAUAAAACCGAGGACUGCAUCGCUCUAAGACAAGAGGUCGCAAACAUGCUUCACCAAGGGCACUUGAAAGAGCUGUUGAGCGACCGAAGAAGGGCCAACUUUGCCCGAGGACAUGAAAGACACCAGGGGCCGCCACCCGCACCAUCCAGAUGA